GGGGUGUGAUGCUCACCAUUGACCAUGCCCUUCCUCGUAUAGAGUAUACAGCAAGCCCUAUUUAAACCCUCCAAUGGUUCCCUCUCUUCCAACACUGUCUGCUUCUCCAUCCAGAACUCCCCUCUCUCAUCAACUCUAAAUAGUCCAAGUUCAAGUCCAAGAUGUCCAACUUCAUCUCAACCACAAAACUCCACAAUACCCGCGUGAUCCUAAUCGGAGGAACAUCAGGGAUCGGGUUUGCCGUUGCCAGGGCAUCCCUCGAGCACGGCGCCUCCAUAAUCCUCGCCUCAUCAAGCCCUGAAAAGGUCCAAACCGCUAUAGAAAAACUCAAAGCGCUCUAUCCCGAGGAACCCUACAUCUCACGCAUCGCAGGGAAGCCGUGCGACCUGAGCAACGAUGAAACGAUUGAAGAUAACAUCGUGAGCCUAUUCAAAUACGCCACGGCCAAGGAUCUCUUUGGUGCAUCAGGGGGUGCUGGUGCUGGUGACGAUAUAGUCCCAAUCAACCAUAUAGUCUUCACGGCGGGCACAGUCCCGCGCAACCUACCAGCCACAGAUCCCGGCGUAGAUGUCGCCUAUAUCCGGUCUCUGAACACCGUGCGAUUCAUUGGUGGUGCUCUCGUUGCGAAACACGCGCCGACGUAUUUGCCCUCGCCGGCCUCGGCUUCCAGCUCCAUAACCUACACAUCGGGCGGGCUGAUCUCGCGGCCUAGACCUGGGAUGGCGCUUGGUAUUGCGGGUGGCGGGUCUGUUGAGGGGCUGGCGAGGGGGCUGGCUGUUGACUUGGCGCCGGUGAGGGUGAAUGUUGUUUCGUUGGGUCCUGUGAAGACAGAGCUGUUUGAUUUGUUUGGGGAUGAGAAGACGGUUGAGGGCAUUUUGGAGUCGUUUGGGAAGGAAACGCUCCUUGGGAGUGUGGGCGCACCGGGGGAUGCGGCGGAGACAUACUUGGGAUUGAUGAGGGAUAACUUUGUUACUGGGACGAUUGUGAGGAGUGAUGGGGGGUUUGCGUUGAAGAAGUUCUAGUCGUGUUAAAUCGUUCUUUUAGCUUGGUUGGUAGUAUAUGGUAUGGUAUUAAUUGUCGCAAUUGUAUAUUUUGCUGAGACAAAUACUAGGCUAGGCUAGAAACGAACGGGCAUUAUAUAACUUCGGAUACUCCAUACUCCUCCAUUUCUAUCUUCUCUCAAUGUAUCAAUUACUCCGGGGGGCGGUAGGCUCCGCCGAAUAUACUAUGACCCAGUCAACAUCAGCCCAUAUAUGAAAACCCUAGCGGGCAACUAACCGGUUGUACAGCCAUCCGAAAAGGCCUGUUGUUUCGUCAUGGCUACGCUUCGCCCAGCCGCUGUCGACGUUGUAGCUCUUCGUGUCUUGGAGUCCGGCGAAGAGGCCUCUACCUGCUGUUGGGUGCUAUUUGCGAAAGAAGUUAGUCAUGCCGUACAUGAUAAUAGCAGGUACCAAGGAGGCGAGAGUACACGCACCCGAGUAGGAUUUGUGGACUUGCGAACCCAAAGGUC